UGUAAGCGCCCAGUCUGACGAAGCCGGGGAUACACAGCGGAACCGAGAGGGUGGACGAACUGAGGCGGUAGUAGCGGCGACACCGAAGAGAGCAACGAUGGCCGGGGCGGGGCCAGCCCCGGGACUCCCGGGUCCAGGAGGCCCUGUGGUCCCGGGCCCUGGCGCCGGCAUCCCAGGCAAAAGCGGCGAGGAGCGCUUGAAAGAGAUGGAGGCGGAGAUGGCCCUGUUUGAGCAGGAAGUUCUGGGGGCUCCAGUAACCGGAAUCCCUACUGCGGUGCCAACUGUCCCCACAGUAGAAGCGAUGCAGGUCCCAACAGCUCCUGUGAUCCGACCAAUUAUCGCGACCAACACAUACCAGCAGGUCCAGCAGACUCUGGAAGCCCGGGCAGCUGCCGCAGCAACAGUUGUUUCCCCUAUGGUGGGAGGCCCUCCUUUCGUGGGCCCAGUUGGCUUUGGCCCUGCAGAUCGGAGUCACCUGGACAGUCCAGAGGCUCGAGAAGCCUUGUUCCUGCGGCGAGCAGCUGUGGCCCCCCAGAGGGCCGCUAUCCUGCGUCCGGCCUUCGUCCCCCACGUGCUACAGAGAGCAGAUUCUGCUCUCUCUUCUGCAGCAGGUGGCCCCCGCCCAAUGGCCCUGCGGCCCCCUCAUCAGGCCCUUGUGGGGCCCCCCCUGCCUGGGCCCCCUGGCCCACCGAUGAUGCUGCCACCAAUGGCUCGGGCCCCAGGCCCACCCCUGGGCUCCAUGGCUGCUCUGAGGCCACCUCUGGAAGAACCAGCAACACCCCGAGAGCUGGGCCUAGGCCUGGGGUUGGGCCUGAAAGAGAAGGAAGAGGCGGUAGUGGCAGCGGCGGCCGGGCUGGAAGAGGCUAGUGCAGCUGUGGCCGUUGGGGCAGGUGGUGCCCCAGCGGGCCCAGCAGUCAUCGGGCCCAGCUUGCCACUGGCUCUGGCCAUGCCUUUGCCCGAGCCCGAGCCCCUGCCCCUGCCUCUGGAAGUGGUGCGGGGCCUUCUGCCCCCACUGCGCAUUCCUGAGCUGCUGUCCCUGCGUCCACGGCCCCGGCCGCCUCGGCCUGAGCCGCCUCCAGGCCUCAUGGCUCUUGAGGUCCCAGAGCCCCUGGGUGAGGACAAGAAGAAAGGAAAGCCUGAGAAAUCAAAACGCUGCAUUCGCACCGCAGCAGGAAGCAGCUGGGAGGACCCCAGUCUGCUGGAGUGGGAUGCAGAUGACUUCCGGAUCUUCUGUGGGGAUCUGGGCAAUGAGGUGAACGAUGACAUCUUGGCACGCGCUUUCAGCCGCUUCCCAUCCUUCCUUAAGGCUAAGGUGAUCCGCGACAAGCGCACAGGCAAGACCAAGGGCUAUGGCUUCGUCAGCUUUAAGGACCCCAGCGACUACGUGCGCGCCAUGCGGGAGAUGAACGGAAAGUAUGUGGGCUCACGCCCCAUCAAACUGCGCAAGAGCAUGUGGAAGGACCGAAACCUGGACGUGGUACGCAAGAAGCAGAAAGAGAAGAAGAAAUUGGGCCUGAGAUAGGGUCUGGCCUGGCACCCUGUCCCACCUGGCCGGGCGCUGGCUCCCCCCCACAGCCGUCUUUGGAAAACCCCCAAGUCUCCACCCAUCCUCCCCAAAACCAGUUUCAAUAAAUUUACAUUCAUUUCCA